AUGUUUAAAGGAGGAGCUGUAACUAUAUAUAAUGAAGAGGAAGAGCUGUAACUAUAUAUAAUGAAGAGGAAGACUGACAGAAACAGAAAUGUCUGAUAAGUGUGAUCUGUGUCUGCUGGGACUGAUCAUUCUCUCUUCACUUCUCACAGGCACCAGUGGAGUGACUGAGGAUGAUGAGUUCAUCAGUUCUGGUGAAAAUGUGCGUCUGUCCUGUAAUAAUGCUCUUCCUGACUGCAAAUCAACUACAUGGAUCUACUCUAACAGCUUCAGACAGUCAGGGACAGUUGAACUGAUUACUGGAGGGAUAAAGAAGAAGAACACAGAGAGACAUGAGAGACUGAGUCUGGAGUCUGACUGCUCUCUGAACAUCAAGAACGUCACAGAAGAAGAUUAUGGAUUAUACACCUGCAGACAAUAUGUGAACGGCAGACAACAAGGAUCUGAUGCACGUGUUUAUCUGCAUGUUCUUCAUGUUUCAGUGUCUCCAUCAUCAUCAUCAUCAUCAUCAUCAUCAUCAUCUUCAUCAUCAUCAUCAUCAUCUUCAUCAUCAUCUUCAUCAUCAUCUUCAUCCUCACAGACUGAGAUCAGUCCAGGCCGCUCUGUGACUCUCUCCUGUCAGUUGUAUUCUGGAUUCUCCUGUGAUUAUUGGGCUCGUUAUGAGGGAGUUGAGCUGUUGUGGGUGAAUCAGGCUGGUGUUGAUCUGAGGAGAGACUCCAGAUAUCAGAUAUUAUCAUCAUCAGAUCAAUAUCACUGUUUCAUCACUCUGACUACAACACUCCUGAAUGAAGAUAACAACAGAGAGUGGAGAUGUCAGCUUACUCAGGGAAAUCAACUCCAAACCUCAGUCAGAUACACUGUCAAGUAUUCAGCUCAAGCUGAUUCAACGACAGCAGUGAAUCCAGUCCACAUCACACACUCUCAGGAUCCCUCAACUAUAAACACACACGUUUCUAAAGUCAUAGGGAUUUCUGUCGCUGCAGUCGCUGUUCUCCUUCUUGCUCUUCUCUGGCUGAUCUGCAGAAAAAGAGCUGAUAAUAAAAGAGGGACUGGCGACUCUGCGGUCAAAGAUGAGAAUGAACAUAAAGGGACGUAUGAGACGAUCAACAUGUCCAUUCCUCCUGCAAGAGCCGAUGAGCAGACAGAUGAUGUGACUUAUUCUGAGGUCACUUCUUCCAAUACAAAGCCAGUAAAAUCGCUCAAUGAUCAUGAUGAUACAGUGACUUAUGCUGCCAUCAGAGGAAGAGAAGAUUAACCGCAGGAUGAACUUUAUGCCUCUGUGAACGAGAACAAGACCUUCACAAAUAAACUUUAAUGAUACAGAUCAUGAGCUCAUCAUAUCAGGAGCAGACGGGAAGAUUUCAUCUCUCUGGUGUUUGGAGGAAUUAUAUAUUUGUGUGUGAAAGAGCAG